CAAAGUUAUUGGAUAUUUGAUGGUCAGUUUUCGGGACAUUUGGAUAACCUUUAUUGGCGGCACAGUUGUAUUAAGUUUUCUUGAAAAUGCCUAACACGAAGGGAGAUGCCAUGCGAGGUUUAGCCGUUUUUAUCUCUGAUAUCCGAAACUGUAAAAGUAAAGAAAGCGAAAUACGCCGCGUCAAUAAAGAACUCGCAAAUAUUAGAUCAAAAUUUAGGGGUGAUAAAACACUUGAUGGUUAUCAGAAAAAGAAAUAUGUCUGUAAAUUGCUGUUCAUAUUUCUUUUGGGGCACGAUAUUGAUUUCGGACACACUGAGGCAGUCAAUCUGCUUUGCUCAAACCGAUAUACAGAAAAGCAAAUAGGAUAUUUAUUCAUAUCUGUACUCAUCAAUGAGUCACACCCACUCAUGAAUUUGGUUAUUUCACGUCUUAAGGAUGACCUGAAUAGCCGGAAUCCUGUGUUUAUGAAUCUUGCAUUGCAAUGCAUCGCCAAUAUAGGGAGUCGUGAAAUGGCUGAAAAUUUUGCAGACAAGAUCCCUAAAUUACUUGUAUCAGGUGAUACAAUUGACUCCAUCAAACAAAAUGCUGCCCUAUGUCUUCUGAAGUUGAUUAGGGUUGCUCCUGAACUGAUUACGUAUGAUGAUUGGACUGUUAGAGCCAUGCAUCUACUUAAUGAUCAACAUUUGGGUGUUGUGACAUCGGCCGUUAGUCUGAUCGAUGCUUUGGUGAAAAGAAGUCCAGAAGAACACAAAGGAUGUGUAUCUCUUGCUGUUUCACGCCUUAGCAGAUUAAUAACAUCUUCUUAUACUGACCUACAAGAUUAUACCUACUACUUUGUUACUGCUCCGUGGUUAUCUGUCAAGUUACUACGUCUACUUCAGAACUACCCACAACCAGAGGAUACUACGGUUCGUGCUAGACUUGCUGAGUGCCUCGAUACUAUUUUGAAGAAAGUUCAAGAAGCUCCAAAAUCAAAGAAAGUACAACAUCCAAAUGCUAAGAAUGCUGUUCUUUUUGAAGCUAUCAAUCUUAUAAUCCAUAUGGAUUCUGAUCCCAAAUUGCUUGUCCGUGCUUGUAAUCAGUUAGGACAGUUCCUACAACACAAGGAGACCAAUCUACGUUACUUAGCUCUUGAAUCAUUAUGCUUGUUGGCUACGAGUGAAUUCAGUCACGAGGCAGUCAAGAAACAUCAGGAAACUAUUGUAAAUGCACUUAAAAGUGAACGGGAUGUUUCAGUUCGUCAAAGAGCUGUGGAUCUCUUAUAUGCUAUGUGCGAUCGAACUAAUGCUCAAGCUAUUGUAGGGGAGAUGCUCAGCUAUUUGGAAGUAGCGGAUUAUGCUAUCCGUGAGGAGAUGGUUUUAAAGGUUGCUAUCUUGGCGGAAAAAUACGCAACUGACUAUUCUUGGUAUGUGGAUACUAUACUGAACUUAAUAAGAGUUGCUGGUGAUUAUGUUAGUGAUGAAGUUUGGCAUCGUGUCAUCCAGAUUGUUAUAAAUCGUGAAGACGUACAAGGAUAUGCGGCAAAGACAGUGUUUGAGGCGCUUCAAGCUCCUGCAUGUCAUGAAAAUAUGGUUAAAGUCGGAGGAUAUAUUUUGGGUGAAUUUGGCAAUCUGAUUGCAGGGGACCCAAGAUCAGCACCUAAAGUACAAUUCAAUUUAUUGCAUAGUAAAUUUCAUUUAUGUACUCCAACUACACGUCAACUAUUGUUGUCCACGUAUAUGAAGUUUAUCAAUUUGUUUCCAGAAAUUAAGUCUGAUAUACAGUCUGUACUACAAAAUGACAGUAAUUUACGCAGUUCCAAUGUAGAAAUACAGCAACGAGCUACUGAAUAUUUAGCGCUAUCGCGAAUCGCCACUGAUGACGUAUUGGCUACUGUUCUAGAAGAAAUGCCACCUUUCCCAGAGCGUCAUUCCAGUAUUUUAGCUAAACUUAAAGCUAAAAAUCCUAAUACUGAUGGUACAAUAUCAAAAUCGGAAGCUGUUGGGGAAAGUUAUGCUUUGAAUUCAACCAAAAUCGAUCAUGAUAAUAAUCACGAUGUUAAUCGUGAAGCAGAUUUACUCAAUUUCGGCAAUCCUGGUACUGUAUACAAUGAGGUCCAGUCAAAACCAAACGGAUCAUCUAGUCUAUUAGUUGAUAUAAUGGGUAAUGGUUUGGCUUCUCCGGAUAUGAACAAUUUACUUCAUGCCAGUGGUGAUCAAUACAUAAAUCAUAAAGAAUUCACAAACUUUUUGACAAGGCAUAAUGCGAUAUUAUAUGAGAAUUCUCUUAUUCGUAUUGGUAUUCGAAUGGAAUCUUGUGGUCAGUUUUGUCGUUUAGGUGUAUUCUACGGGAACAAAUCUCCUCAUCCAUUCACAGUGUUUUGUUCUCAAGUCACUUGUCCAGAUGCAAUGGAUGUGAACGAAUUGGCUAAAGCUAUUUCCAUUGAACUUCAACCUGGUCCUGAUCGAAUUGAAGCAGGGACACAAGUUCAACAAACAUUAAAUGUUGAAUGUUUACGUCCUUUUACUGAAAUAGUAAAACUUGAUGUUUCUUACUUAUGUGAAGACUCGAAACAACGUUAUGCUCUUAUGCUUCCAGUAACAUUAAAUAAAUUCCUUCAACCUGCAGAGAUGGAUCAAGCAACAUUUUUCUCUCGGUGGAAAUUACUGUCUCAACCUGGACGAGAAUGUCAAAAAAUUAAUCCUCCACUAUUCUCAUUAGAAACAUCUUUCCUAAGAACUACUACUAAAAACUUUGGAUUUGGUUUAUUGGAUGGAAUUGAUCCUAAUCCAAAUAAUGUUGUUGGUGCAGGUAUUGUUGUAACUAGUAGUCAACAAGUCGGUGUACUACUUCGAUUGGAACCAAAUACACAAAUAAAGGUAUAUUUUUAAUUAUCGAAUGUACCCUCCUAAUUAAUACAUUAAUUUUUGUUAAAAAGAAUUCUUCACAUAUUUGAUAGGUAUAUACGCAGAUACAUAUUCUUGGCUUUCAGCUGCACUGUUAUUUCAAGACCUCAUGAUACUAGUCGGUUGUACAAACCAAACUAGGUGGAAGGGAUUUUAAAAAUGGAACUUGGAGGAUGAAUGCCUACUUAUACAUGCUAUCAAAAGGAUAUUAUUGAUUGUUUAUUAUGCCAGAGAGAUUAGUAUAAAUGAAAGCAACUCAGCAGACUUUUCCCGUGACCAGUUAGGAUUCCUCAAAUAACUAGUUGCUGCAAUGUAUUGCCUUACUAUUCGCAGUACACGAGAAAUUGUCUCAUCUCAUUUAGCCAAACUCAUUGAACAAUUGAUCUAAGUUGAAUAUUUUUGUCAUCAUUGUUACUAUUGUUGUUUAUAUUCAAUUAAUACUCUGAUCAAUUUUAAUGCGUCUAUGAUGGACCAAUCCAAUGGAACAUUCUUUAUAAUUUAUAUUGCAAUGUGGUUUCAUCUUGGCAAAAAAAUAGAUUUAUAACAUUAAUAAUGUUGAUGACAAUAAGCAAUGAGAAUUCUUUAUCAUUCCCAUUAUAUAUAUAUAUAUAUAUAUA